GAUUCCUUUUCACCGCUGUGGUGCCCGACGUGAAAUGUGAAAUUCUUCUCAGGUUGUGUCAUUUUGCCUUGAAAUAACUCGUCAUCGCCAGAAACAAGGGAGGACUCGUGUGGCUAGAGAGACACAACAUGUUUAAUCGCUGGUCACCAGGCUUGAGGGCUGACCAGGCGCGGUCAAGAAAAAGAUUGGAGGAUGAAGGCCUACAUGAACAGCUAGAGGAGAGGUUUCGUAAGACACUUUACUAUGGCGAACUACCAGAUGAUGAUGACUGCCCUUCUCUGCCUCUAACAAACUUGGCUGUUGAGUUCUUCCAAGAUGCAACUCCCCGUGGACUGGGUCAAGCAAACAUGGUGUCAGCUUCAGCACUGGCCAGCGAUGCCUGUGUGUCUCCAGGGUCCCUCGUAACCAGCAUGAUCUAUGCCACUCGUUUGAGCCAAAGAAAUCCUGACUAUCUUCAGAAAAUGUCUUCCUCUGACCUCUUCUUCAUUUCAGUGAUGAUGGCCUCCAAGUAUAUGUAUGAUGAAGGUGUGGAUGAAGAGGUGUUCAACGAUGAGUGGGCAGAAGCAGCUAACAUGGAACUUGAUGAAGUCAAUCAAAUGGAGCGAGAUUUCCUCUCAGCAAUGGACUGGCAGCUGUUCGUCUCACAGUCUGAAUUCCUCCGAUCUGUUCAUGAUAUCGAAAGAAGAAUUGCAUGGACUCAAGGCUGCGAUCGAGGAUGGCUCUCCUAUACUGAUUUCGAUGUUCUAUUCCAUGACAAACUUACCAAACGUCUCUGGGACUGCAUAGCAAAGGAAUGGCUUCUGGUGAUCACUGUGAGCUCUGCUGCCUAUGUGGCCAGCUUCCUCACCAUGGUGGGAUCAACUGCGCUGGCCAUGCAACUCUCAACCUCAAUGGCCGGCUGUGCUAUACUCAGACCACCUCCCAUUGACCAGCCUCACCCUGAUCGUCCAAAUAUGUCACUGCCCGUCGGCCCUGCCGGAAAUGUGUUUGGUGAAAUGGAGUCUGCUGAACCGAGCCUUGAAGUGUCCCACGUCCUGGGUGAAGGUCUUGAUGCCAAUUUCGAAUUAAGGUCCAAUUUCUCUCAGUCUCCAAGAAAUGAAUCGGGCGAAGCCAGAGAGACAGAAGGUCGUAAUCUGCUGGAAAAGGUUCUACCUCAACUCUGGGCUGUGGUUGCUUUCAAGGACAGAUUUGUUCAGUUGAUGUGUGCGUUCAGUGCUGGACUGAAGCAGAGGGGAUCGGAGAAUUUACGGACAAUCCCCAGAAAAUGUGUGUCCAGCAGAGGAAACAAACAUCGUUUGAAUGCUGACAACAUUGCCAGCCCAACAAUCAACUUUGAUGAAAUGGAACGUCUCCGAAUGCCACCAAAGCUGAAGCACCAGUGCCACGUCUGUCCUCACUGCCAUGGAAACGACCAAUCCCAAAACAAGCAAUUCUGCCCGGUGACUCAUUUGACCAAUGAAGAUGAUGAUGCUAGUGCUAUGGACUUGACCCGUCUGAAAUCCGACCUAGAUAUUGAACCUUGGUGUUGCUAUGGCAACCGUCCUCCAGAUGGUUCCGAUCUGAACUUAGAAAUAUUACAGUAUCCUGACAUCAUGCGGGGAUUUUCGACCGGUGUCCCUAUUGCUGCUUAGUGCUAGUAAAUGUAUUGGUCUAACAGACUUGGUAAACAAUGCUAUGUUCAGUAACACUUUGUUCAAUACGUUGUUUAUCGUUGAGUCUUAUGUACUGAUAGUUUAUGUUCUUACUGUUUUAUACACAAAUAUUUUUGACGUGUGUUUUGUUUAGAUUGUUAAUUUGUUCAAAACAAACGGUUCUUUUUAAUGUUCUGCUGCUCAAGUGCAGUAGAAGUUUUUAAAUACUAUUUUGUAGACUGAAGGACAGAUUAUGUCUUAUCUUUUCCGGGCUGUUACUUUCUGAAACCCUUCAGUAACUUAUAUAUUUUCAAAUGAGAACUGUUACUGGAAACUGUGAACACUUUGAGGUUGACGUUUUUGUUAAAUUGCCGUAAAAGAAAAACCAAAGUUAUAUUUUUACGUAACAUUACACAAAUCUAUUUUUAAAAUGCCAACUUUGUAACACCUUUUUGUGUAAGAAGAGUAAGUCUGAAGUCAAAUGUCAGAAUAAAUCAUCACCUUGAUUUCAAACAUCAAGGUGUGGAUCACA